UUAAACCCUCUUCUCUCUCUGUUUCUCUCUCUCUCUAAAACUCACCUCAAACUUCAAUCUCUCUCACAUUUCAUCCUCCAAAUCCUUCGCAAGUUCUUCGUCUUCUAGAUUGUUGCUGAUUUGUGUGGAGAAGAGACGGAAUAGAUAAGAGAUUUGAGAUUGAAUCGGUUUCUAAUUUUCAUGGACGCGGAGGAAUCGAAGAACUCGAAAAGGUCGUUGCAGAAGCCGAAUAAACGCCGCCAAAUUGCUUCGGAUGUUAGUGCGGAAGGUAGAGAACGGAGGUGGAGAACCGAGGUCGAGCAACAGAUCUACUCCUCGAGACUCGCGGAAGCGCUCCAGAGAGUCGGCCGCCUGCCGUCCUCGCCGCAUGCGAGAUCUACUAUCAACGGACGGCUUGUUCGUGAAACUGCGGAUUGCGUCCUCGCCGCUGCCGCCAAGGGGAGGACUCGAUGGAGUCGCGCGAUUCUGGCGAAUCGAUUCCGCCAGAGGCUCGCGAGACGUCGGAGGACGAAGAAAUCGAUUGGCCGUAAACCGUCGCGCGUGGCGGAGGCGAAGAACAGGAAGUUGCCGGCAGUGCAGAGGAAGGUGAAAAUUCUUGGCCAGUUGGUUCCAGGUUGCCGGAAACUCUCAUUCCCAAACCUUCUGGAAGAAGCGACCGAUUACAUAUCGGCUUUAGAGAUGCAGGUAAAAGCCAUGGCGGCGCUGGCCGAAAUCCUCGCCGGAGCUCAAAGUAAUUUGCUCCCAAUCUCGAACGAUUCUUGAAAUUGAUAAUAAUUCCACAGACUCGGUAAUGGAAUCGCCGCCGUGGUUUUUUUUCUGUCCAAUUAAUUUUUUUCCCGGCGGUUAUAUUUCUAUUUGUUUUGAUGCUUCCAUAUAUCUUAUUGUAUAUGUUAAAUUCUAAAUUUAGAUUAUAAGUUUCCCUGAA